AAAGGCACUGUGGUUGAUGAGACAUGAUCCACUUCCUGCCUCGCGCUGCCUCCUUGUGGCGACCACAUUUAAAGGCACGUGCGGUUGCUAAGGGCGACUGACAACAGACGGACUGUUGCAACAGCAAACCGGAGAGAUAAACAACAGACAGCCGCAGACACAGAGUCCACUUUAAAUGAUCCUUUGUUAGUCUGUGGAGAAAAUGUCGAGCAUUGUGAGUUCAGUUUUAUCGGAGGUGGGCUGGGACGAGCACUUCGCUAUCCCCGAACUCAACGCUGAAAACAAGGCUUUGAUAGAAGAGAUCCGUAAAAAUGAGACAAAGUUGCUGAAACUGACAAACAAACUUGAGAGACACAAGGAUGAAAAGCAGUAUAAGGCUGAAUACCUCACAAAUGCUAAACAAGCGCUGGAAAAUACUGAGGCUCUGUGCAAGGCCCGGGAAAGAGAAGAAGAGUUGGAGAAACACCUCACAGCCCUCACAGAGAGGGAGACAGGUCGCCUGGCGCAGGAGACUGCCAAGAUGGAGAACGACCAUAGAUCUUUAGCAGAGAGGACGAACAUGCUAGAGAACCAAAUCUUCAAGGCCAAACAGAAGCUAGAGGAGUUUAGGAACCAGAUGAACUGGGACCAGCAGGCUAUGGAUGCCUUUUUAGAGGAGUCGGCACGCAAAGAUGAAGACACGAUGGCCAUCAUCAAGUACGCCCAGCAAGAUGAGCAGAGGAUCAAGUCGCUGAGUCUGGCUAUAGAGAAGAAGACACUGGAGGCCAGUGAAAAGCGCAAAGCGUUUGACAAAGAACUGACUGAGACUAUAUCUGCACAGAUUGCUUUUGAUAAAACUGCAGAGAAUUUGCAGCAGGUCCACGUGGAGACGCAGCACCUCAUCCACCAAUGGGAAAACACUAUCAAGCAUAUGAAGCAACGAGACGCUGAGAUGCAGCAGUGUGCGCUGCAACUUGCCCAAGCCAACCAGAACAUCAGGGAAAGGAAUGGCACCAUUACAGAGUGGAAGCACUUGCUGGACACUCAGAGGAACAACAACAAGGAAACUGAGAGGAAGAUAAGCAUAACCAACCGACAGGCUGUAAAGCUGCGGCAGGAGUUGAAAGAGCAGGAGAAUAACUGCAGCAGGCUACAGGAUGAGCUGAAUAGUUGCAAAGCUUCACGGGACAGAGCAGCGUCUGAUGUGGAGUCUGUGACGGCCCAAAUAUGCAGAAUAAAGAAAAACAUCCAGGAUAACAAUAACAAAGUCAAGGAGGCCAGGGCCUACAACACUGCGCUGGAAGAGAAGCUGAACGUUGUGACUCAGAGCACCCUUAGUGAGGAGGAGAGAGCUGUGCAGAUGGACCAGUUCCUCAAGGAUGAGGAACUGGCAAUCAAGGAGUUGGAUGUCCAGCUGCGUGACUGCAGGGAGGAGCUUUUUUGUCGUAAAGAGCGUUUGCAGGCCCUCAAGACAAAGGAGAAGGAUUCUAUCGCCCAGGUUUCGAGGAAUAAAGCCACAGUCAGCAACCUGAAAAGCAAGCUCAGAAAACUGGAGCAGGAAUUGAUGAGACAGCAGAUGACCAUGAGUGAACAGGACAACCAGGUCAUCUACCUGGGUAAAAAGCUGGCACAGCUGCAAGGUGACAUUCACUCAGAUGAAAAAGAAAUGCUGGACAUGAAGAUCGCUGAGCUGACAAAAACCCUUGACGAGAAGAACAAGACAGCCAGCAUGUUUAACAGCACGCUCAAGGAGUGUGAGGAUGAUAUUCGCUAUUUGAGGAAAGAGAUGGAGAAGUCAGACUCUCAAAAGAGAGAUCUGACCGGCAAGGUAGACGAGCUCAUGCUCCUCUGUAACACCAAUGAAAAGGAGCUGAAGAGAAUCAGGCUCACAAAACAGGACAAGAUGGUGGAGCAUAACAUCAUGAAGAUGGAGGUGAAGCGUAUGAGCAAUCUGCUAUACAACAAGGCAGACAGCAUGCUGUCCUUGGAGAAGAGGAAGCUGGAGCUGCAGAAAGCCAUAAAGGAGAGGGAGGAUGAGAUCAAGGUCUACAGAGAAAUGCUCAACCAGCAGCUCAAGAUCAGUGAGCAGGACAGACAGAGACUCAGUGCUGAACUGAAUGAGAAACUGUCCAAGAUUGACGUGAUGAAGAAACGCUUCGAGGUUGUGAUGCUUUCACUGGCAGCUCCUGAGGGGGAAGAGGAGAAAUCACAGGCUUACUACAUCACAAAGGCUGCACAAGACAAAGAGGAGCUCAAGCGGAAGGGAGACGAACUGGAUGCUAAAAUCUGCAAGAUGGAGCUGGAAAACAGAGCUCUGGAUAACACCAUUCAGUUGUUCAACAAUAGUAACUCAGCAUUUUGCAAAUCCCUCAACAAAGUAAAUAAAUCCAGUCCAGAGUACCAGGAAAAACUAAAGCUAGAAGAGCAGUUGAAUGCAGCCGAGGAUACGCUAAAGUAUAAGAAAAGACAGGUCCAAGAGCUCCAACAGGACUUACAGGACAUGAACAGUACCUUGGAGAGUCUGCUGAAAGAAAAGCAGGUGGAGAAGGAUAAGAUAGAGCACAAAGAGGCUCUUAUCAGAAAACUGAACAAAGAAAUGGCUUCCCAACAAGAGAAAAUUAACAGAGCCACAAAGCAGUGCUCUAAGCUGACCAAAGAGAUCCGCUCAGCAAAUAACACCAAGACUGAGACUUUUGAGGAGAAGGACAUUAAACUGAAGGAGCUGAAAGAAUUCAACAAGAGUGUCGACAAGAUGCUGAAUGGGGCCAUGGAGGACAAACCUGAGCUCAGAUCAGUGUUGGAGAGAUACUUCCUGCAGGCUAAUCUGUCUCUUCCACCUCCGUCUUCCACUCCUGCCAGCCAUCAGAGCUCCAAGACCAACUCUGCCCGCAGCUCCGCUACACUCAGGUCUCCUGUGUCCUCAGCCAGCAGCAGUCCCAGGGCCUCUGCACUUCACUCCCCCAUACUGAAGACUGUGGAACUGGGCAUGGAUCUGACUGUGACCUCCCCUCCUCUCACCACCUCCAGAUGUUCCAGCUCUGCGAGCAGCAACAGAAAGUUAAAGAACCCGUAGUGUGCUGCACCUCUUUCUGAUGGAUGAUUUAUGGACACCUCUUCCAAAAACAGAAAGAGGGUUAUAGUUACUUAAAGUUAGUUGUAGUUGCACAGAAUAACUGUUUCACAAUACUAAAAUGUUUUGUUUGUGUGUGGUGUCAUUCUGUAUUUUGGUGCAUUAAAAAGACAUUUCACUUUGUAGUUACAUAUUAUAUUUAUUCAUGAAAAUCAAAUGUAGCCUAAAGGAAGACUUGAUUAUUAUAAAAAAGAGUUGAUGUGCCCGCCACGUGUUGAACAACAGACUUUAGUUUGAUAAAACUGUAAAAGAUUGAACUUUUUCUUUUAAUUUAAAGCAGCAAUAACUUUUAUUUUGUGUUGAUUCUGGUGACUGAAAUAGCCAGUCUUCUUACUGAUGGUCUUGUGUGCUUAUGUAGUUACGUAGAGGCAUCAGUAUUAAAUUCACACUAUUUAAUAACCAGUUAAAAAACAGUUUGAUAACAGAAACUUGAUCCCUUUUUGUUUCUUCCCUGUUCUUGUUUCAGUGGGUGUUUUUUGUCUUAUAAAUGUAACUUAUUACAAGACAUCUAAAUAAAAAGUAGCAGAAAAACUUUGAGCUGUUGUUUGCAUGCAUCAGAAUUUGCUGCCACAAUAGGUUUGUUUACACAUUUACAGAGAGAGGAAUAAUUUUCAGAUGCUUGAAUGACUCCAGCCCAGACAAUUCUUUGAGGAACUCAUGCAUUGUUAUGUUUACUGCCGCACCCUCAAUGAAUAUAGGUGUUGUUUCCUGGUAUGGAACAAAAGUAACCAGAGACUCCGUGGGAACAGAGGGAACACUUUCUCACUACAGAUUUUACUCCUUGUUAUUGGAAUAAAGCUUCAACAUGCUGCUGCUGAUCCUGUUCGCUGGAUGUUUGGCUUCUUGUGCCGCACAGACAACUUCCUUUCCCUCUGUUCCUCCGGGUACGUCAACCAUUACUCCCCUGACACAGUCCGUCCAGCCAUCCCCAGUCCUGCUAACAUCUAAUCCAGCAGACAAUGUUGUGGCAAUCCUUGCGACCGCUGUUCAGUCCUUUCAGGAGCUAAAUGAAACGACAGUUGGUCCAGUCCUGAACGAGCUCUCAGACAUUCUCCGGAUGCUCCAACCUGAUCUGAACUUCAGUCUAACAGUAAAGAACAUCACCAAAGUCUGAAACCUCAACUCACAUGUUUCUGUGUUUAAUCACCGGUUAGAGUUGAGAAUAAUAUCCUUUACAAUAUUACCUGGAUAAGGACAAUCCUCAGUGGAGUUUUGAAUGUAUGCUCCUAAUAUUACUUCUGAAAAUUCAACAUGUGUAUUUUUAUUCCAAGGGUAAAAAAGGGAGUGGACUGAUUCAUUUGCAGCUAUUAAUUGCAGACUUGUGUUUUUUUUUUACUUUCUUUAUCAGAAUCAAUCCAAAGAUUUGUUUUCCUCUUUGGAACAUGCAUAACUGAAUUACUGUACCACCACUGAGGAUAAAAUAUGAGUCUUAAUUGACUAAAUUAAAUUGAGCAAAGAUAUGUAAUAACUACUAAAUGAGCCCUAAACCCCACUGCACUGGACUGCUGCUGUAAAUUGGUUGUCUGUCACUAGAUUUCUGAGAUCAAUCUGAAAAAAUAUGUCUGAAAGCUGAGUGACAUCGUAGUGACAGCUGUGAAAUGAGUAAUGUAAUGCAUUACAUCUUUUCUAUUUAAAAUGCAUACAUGUAGAGACAGAUUUACCAGUCGCCUAUUACAUGUCACUGAAUUAACUGUUUUGUGCCCAUUUCAUUGCAAAUUAAAACCUUCAGUCAGUCAUAAAUGAUAUAUUGAUAUAUUUAAUCAUCUUCUAAUCACCAAUAGUUAUGUGUGACAACAUUUUACAGUGACAUUUUCACCAAAGGUACUUGAUUACUGAGUUGUUGUAAAAUUCAAUAAAAAUGGGUAGAAGAAAUAAAUCUGUAGCUUCAUAAUCAGAAGACCAUAA